GCUGAGAGCUCGUGUCCCACGAUGCAGGGUCAGUUCCGAACUAAAAGACAGCCUCGUGUCGAAACGGAUCGCAAAAAAAACAAGUCAAGUUUAUCUAUGAAACCAAUAGCAGCUCUUUUCCAUUUUCAUCGGCCUCGCCUCUCGACAAUGGUCGUCCUCGAGGUCUAUCGCAUGCUAAAUUGAGCCAGCAUCGUGCCCUGUCUUGUUGUAUAAAACUGGCUGCUUUCCCGAGUUCACCCUCCAUCCCCUUCCCCGGACCCCAUGAGUCCCAGCCGUAGCCUGUCUUCAUAUUAUACCCCUCGGUCUCCGUCUUCUCGUCGACCGUCACACGUUUCGAUACCCAGGCUACGCGAUGCAAUCCACAGGAUCGACUCCAAGAUGGCCUCACUCAUGAGUGAGAAACACGAAUUGGAAUCCUAUCUCGAGCAGGCCGUGCGCCUCCAGUCGCCUGUCCUCCGGAUACCGAGCGAGCUAUUAGGAUCCAUUUUCGUCAUAAGCGUGUUCGGGAUGGGCGAUGAUAAUCCGGUUAUGGUAUCAACGUUGAUGUUGGUUUGUCGAUAUUGGGCCGACGUGGUCCUUGAUACCCCCAUACUGUUUUCCAAGAUUUCCGUCAGCCCUCAUGAUUCCAUUGACAAAGCGCGCCGGAAACUUGCCAGAUCAAAAUCAUGUCCGCUGGACAUAUCGAUCAACUUCGGUCCUCGGAUGGAAUACACGAGCAGAAUUACCGAGCACGUCAUGCAUGCCAUGGAUUUGAUACGGCCUGCUCUCUGGCGAACCAGAUCCUUUAGCUUGAGCGUACCUAAUCGACCACAGGCUCACGCAGCUCUUGCACGCUGUCAAGAGGAAGCACCCCUCCUAGAAACGUUAUCCAUUCAGAUAUAUCAUUCGAUGCAGGAAGAUCAUUACUCCAGUCCACAUCUUCCUCUGUUCAAAGGUCACACACCUCGCCUGACGUCUUGUUCGUUGACUUCCUUUAUUUUUGGAUGGGAUUUACGACUCGUUUCUCGGCUUCGGGUGUUGAAACUCGGAGGCUACUUUAAUGGUUACGCUCCGUCUUCCUCAACUCUCCUUGGUAUACUGGCACAAUGUCCUGACCUGGAAGAACUUACCCUUAGGAACAUGUCGGAUGUUGAUUCGGACCCGUGUUAUCGAGCAGUGGUAGAAGACUUGGAACUACUUCCGAUCUCCAAAGUCAUUCGUCUCCCCCGAUUGACGAAAGUAACUUUCUAUUACUCCGGGAAUGUCUUCACCCGUACCAUCAUGCGCCAGAUAUCCCUUCCCAACCUAGAAUCCUUGGAGAUGUGUUACCUGGAGAACGUUUCCCAGGUUCUUCAACUCUUAUACGAACAGGCAUUGACUCGUCUUCCUCUCAAAUACCUCCGCAUCGAGUCAUGUCUAUUUAACGAAUUAAAAUUCGUGAAUCUUCUUCGCCGUUUACCCUCGUUAGCAACCCUCGACUUGGUGGACACAGAAGAUGCAUCCUCGAGUUUCUUAAAGGCCCUCUCAAGCCCUCAAUCCUGGGUUUGUCCCCGAUUGGAAACUGUUGUUUUCGAUGGAUGUACCUCCUUCGAUUGGGACUCCCUCAGAACCUUCGUAGAAUCCCGACUCCCUGCCAAUUCCUAUCCUCAGUACCAAAGUAUCGAAGCGUUCCGAUCCAGGAACAUUGCCGUUGCCAGCUCUUCUGCUUCUGCCUGUGCUCGUCGACGCCCGAUAGUGAGAUCUGCAUCUCAUGCCGUAUUGCCAGGACCAAAGCGCAUACGAUCGAUGGAUGUCACAAGGUGCAACCAGAUAAGCAAGGAGAUGGUGCAGUGGCUCAGAAUGUACGUGCCGCAAGUUAAGUGUGAAGCCGCGAAGGGUUUAUGGGGUGAAACGUUCGCUUGAUGGCCUAACGACAAUAGCUUUAUAUUUAUCUUCAUUCAUUCAACGUCCCAUCGAUAAGGGAAAUUGGUUAUUUACUUAUUGCAUUAGUUUAUUCUAUUUUCAAGAGGAAAAAGCAUUGUAUUUCUAGCUGGACGUGGG